AUGGUUGGGCCUUGUCAUCCAUCGUCACCAUCAGUCAUCCAUCGUCACCAUCAGUCAUCCAUCGUCACCAUCAGUCAUCCAUCGUCACCAUCAGUCAUCCAUCGUCACCGUCAGUCAUCCAUCGUCACCGUCAGUCAUCCAUCGUCGCCGUCAGUCAUCCAUCGUCGCCGUCAGUCAUCCACCGUCGCCGUCAGUCAUCCACCGUCGCCGUCAGUCAUCCACCGUCGCCGUCAGUCAUCCACCGUCGCCGUCAGUCAUCCACCGUCGCCGUCAGUCAUCCACCGUCGCCGUCAGUCAUCCACCGUCGCCGUCAGUCAUCCACCGUCGCCGUCAGUCAUCCACCGUCGCCGUCAGUCAUCCACCGUCGCCGUCAGUCAUCCACCGUCGCCGUCAGUCAUCCACCGUCGCCGUCAGUCAUCCACCGUCGCCAUCAGUCAUCCACCGUCGCCAUCAGUCAUCCACCGUCGCCAUCAGUCAUCCACCGUCGCCAUCAGUCAUCCACCGUCGCCAUCAGUCAUCCACCGUCGCCAUCAGUCAUCCACCGUCGCCAUCAGUCAUCCACCGUCGCCAUCAGUCAUCCACCGUCGCCAUCAGUCAUCCACCGUCGCCAUCAGUCAUCCACCGUCGCCAUCAGUCAUCCACCGUCGCCAUCAGUCAUCCACCGUCGCCAUCAGUCAUCCACCGUCGCCAUCAGUCAUCCACCGUCGCCAUCAGUCAUCCACCGUCGCCAUCAGUCAUCCACCGUCGCCAUCAGUCAUCCACCGUCGCCAUCAGUCAUCCACCGUCGCCAUCAGUCAUCCACCGUCGCCAUCAGUCAUCCACCGUCGCCAUCAGUCAUCCACCGUCGCCAUCAGUCAUCCACCGUCGCCAUCAGUCAUCCACCGUCGCCAUCAGUCAUCCACCGUCGCCAUCAGUCAUCCACCGUCGCCAUCAGUCAUCCACCGUCGCCAUCAGUCAUCCACCGUCGCCAUCAGUCAUCCACCAUCAUCCAUCAAUCAUCCAUCCCCAUUAGUCAUCGACACCAUCAUCACACCGUCGCCAUCAUCAGUCAUCCACCGUCGCCAUCAGUCAUCCACCGUCGCCAUCAGUCAUCCACCGUCGCCAUCAGUCAUCCACCGUCGCCAUCAGUCAUCCACCGUCGCCAUCAGUCAUCCACCGUCGCCAUCAGUCAUCCACCGUCGCCAUCAGUCAUCCAUCCACCGUCGCCAUCAGUCAUCCACCGUCGCCAUCAGUCAUCCACCGUCGCCAUCAGUCAUCCAUCCACCGUCGCCAUCAGUCCAUCCACGUCGCCAUCAUCAUCCACGUCCAUCAAUCAAUCAUCGCAUCAUCAUCCAGUCCCCUCAGUCAUCCACCUCAUCAGUCAUCCAACCAUCAUCAGUCAUCCACCAUCGCCAUCAGUCAUCCACACCGUCCAUCAGUCAUCCAUCACCGUCCCAUCAGUCAUUCAACAUCAACCGUCACACAGUCCUCAUUGAGCUACAGGUUGGCACUGAGAUCUUGAUGCCAAUGCCAGCUCCAUAUGAGAGUACCUGGCACAGGGUUCUGGGUCUUGGAGGCUUGCCAGGCAUGUGA